AUGCGUGUUUCCAUUGUUCUCCUUCUUCUCCUAUCCAUCAUUUCUCUUUCGUUUGGAAAUGAAACUACUGACAGUAAAUCACUAUCCGGAAAAAAAAAAUUGGUCCCCAAAGAUUACGCAGGAUCCGAAGCACACUCAACUGAUCCAGAGAAGAUGAAGAAAAUGCAAAUGCUGCAACCAAAGUUUCGAUUAAUGAAUUGA